AUGGAGCUAAAAGAACAAAGAGUGGCUCUGGGAUUCGCAAACGAUGUUCUGGGGAAAAGUCCCACAGUACUUGCUGUUCUAUUUAUUGUGACUAUUCAUCCCAGUAAAAUUACGCGUACAACAACUCCAUACGCGAUGAUCAAUGAUUACAGUGCUUUUCCGAUAGAAGAAGAAAUACUCUUUACAAUGCAUACAGUAUUUCGGGUUCGAGAUAUUAAACAAACAACUACAAAUGAUCGACUUUGGGAAGUACAGCUUACACUUACUGACGAUAGUGAUCCACAAUUGGCUAAUCUAACUAAUUGCAUUAAGAAAGAAAUCGAUGGCACUGGGUGGCAUUCAAUGGCUACAUUGAUGUAUAAAGUGGGUGACUUUACCAGAGCGGAGGAACUGUACAAUGAAUUACUGAGUAACAGUACGGACGACAUAGAUAAAGCGAAUAUCUAUCAUGGAUUGGGUUUAGUGUAUAAAAGCAUGGGUAACUACUUGAAAACACUUGAAUUUUACGAAAAAGCAAUGAAAAUAAGAGAAAUAAUUCUGCCUCCAAAUCAUAAGAGUUUAGCUAUUUCUUACAAUGAUAUCGCUGUAGUGUACGAAAUCAUGAGUCAGUACGAAAAAGCACUUGAAUUUUACAAAAAAUCAAACAAAAUAGUGCAAGAAAUUCUGCCCCCAAACGAUCCCGAUUUAGCUAGUUCGUACAACAAUAUCGCUUUACUGUAUGGCAACAUGGGUGACUACUCAAAAGCACUUGAAUUUUACGAGAAAGCAGUCGAAAUAGAGGAAAUAUCUCUACCUCCAAAUCAUCCAGAUUUGGCUGGUACGUUUAACAAUAUCGGUCACACGCAUAACAAAAUGGGUAACUACUCAAAAGCACUUGAAUUUUUCGGAAAAUCAAAUAAAAUAGCACAACAAACUCUACCUGCAAAUCAUCCCAACUUGGCUACUUCGUAUAACAAUAUCGCUAUGCUGUAUUACGACAUGGGUCACUACUCAAAAGCACUUGAAUUUUUCGAAAAGUCAAAUAAAAUAGCUCAACAAAGUCUACCUGCAAAUGACACCCAUUGGGCUAUGUUGUAUAACCGUAUUGGUGAAACGCAUAGCAAAAUGGGUAACUACGUGAAAGCACUUGAAUUUUUCGAAAAGUCAAUCGAAAUAGAGGAAAUAUCUCUACCUCCAAAUCAUCCAGGUUUGGCUAUUUCAUACGACAAAAUCGCUGCAACAUAUUGUAGCAUGGAUAAGUAUUCAAAAGCACUUGAAUUUUAUGAAAAAUCAGUGAAAAUGAAAGAAAUAGCUCUGCCUCCAAAUCAUCCCAAUUUGGCUGCUUCAUACAACAAUAUCGGCUUAAUGUGUAAAAGCAUGAAUAACUACUCGAAAGCACUUGAAUUUUACGAAAAAUCAAUGAAGAUUAUCGAAACAACUAUGCCUUCGAAUCAUCCUGACUUGGCUACAUCAUACAGCAAUAUUGGUGGAGUGUACUUUGCGAAGGGUGACCAUAAAAAGGCAGCAGAAUAUCUUGAUCAGGCCCUCACAAUCCACAAAAUGUCUCUACCUGCUUCUCAUCCUAUUAUACAAAGGAUGACGCAAAGUGUCAAACAACUGAAAGAGAUGGGGUAA